CUAAAGCCAGCACAACCUUCACAUUCUUCACUUGCAAAACUUUCACUUGUUGUGCAAGUCCUUCAUUCCUCUUUCGUGUGUUGAGGAAUAAAGAUCUUCCCAAUUCAAAACAAUGGCUAUUCGUAUGCCUCGUAUUCUUCGACGGUCGUCAUCAUUGAAAGCAAACCAAACAACCUCAGCAGAAGUAGAUGUUCCCAAGGGCCAUUUUGCAGUUUAUGUUGGAGAGAACGAAAAGAAGCGAUUUGUAAUUCCCAUAUCAUACUUGAACCAGCCUUCGUUCCAAGACUUGUUAAGCCAAGCUGAGGAAGAAUUUGGAUUUGAUCAUCCAAUGGGUGGUCUCACCAUUCCCUGCAGAGAAGACAUCUUCAUUGAUCUGACUUCUCGAUUGGGUGGAUCAUGAUUCAUGAUAGAAACACUGCUAGAAUAUGUUAGCAUACACAAUUUUGUAAGGCAGUAAUUACCGUUUCUAUGUACCAUUUUUUUUUCUUUUCCUUUCAGCCGCCAAGGAGAGAGAGAAAAUGUCAUCAGAAUAUUAUAAUUAGACAUUAAUGGAAUUCUCUCACAUUUAAAGGCAAAA